CUGUCGCUUUUGUGUACAGGGUAGGUAACCUGAGUUUGCAGUAGGAAGUCCUCUCAGUUACUGACUAAUGUCCACAGGCUGUAGAGCACCUGCAGCCUGACAGAGACUGAGUGUAGAGUUUGGGAAAAAGGUGGAGUCAGAAUGAGAAGGAAGCAGUUGUGAUACCUCUUUUUUUAUUUUUGCAUAGCUGCAUGGAAUAAAUGUUACAGAAGAGCAGUGAACAAGACUGGAACAGGAGGAUGGGAGGAGAGGAGAUGGAGGAUUCAGGCUUCUCCGUGGAGGAGGAAGCAGAAGUUAUGUUAGAUUCUGGAUUUUGCAUGAACCCUGAAGACUCAGAGCUCUUUAAAGCAGAGCAGAUGAUUGUAUGUUCCGUUGAAUGUGAGGAAAAAGAGGAGUUUGUGAUUAUUGGAUGCACAGAUUUUCCGGAGCGACGAAAGGAAAACGCAGGAGGUGAUGGAGAAGGUCGAACUCAAGGAGUGGAGAAUAGAGAAACAGAUGAUCUGACUGAGGGGAGCGAAGAGGAAAAUGUGGAGGCAGGACUGGAUGUGUGCUCAGUUCCUGGAGAAGAGAAUGGGGGUCUUGUACGAAUCAGUCUUGAGGAGGUGGAGAGAUACUACAGAUUUUCCCGCCGUUGCCACUGGCUGUGUGAUGAGAUCAUGCAGCUGGACAGCAGUCCACUCCGAGCUGCUGACAUCACCCCCGACCUCAAAAAGCAGUUUGCCUUCCUGUCAGGAGGUAGAGGAGACAACGGCAGCCCCAUCAUCGUGUUCCCAGAAUUCCCUGCGUUUGGAGAGAUCACUGACAGAGAGUUUCACAACGUGCUCACCUACCUGACGAGUGUUCCCAGGUAACAUCAUCACGCAUAUAAACUCGCACCCACAUGAAUGUGAGAUUGUCGCUGAUAUUCACACCUGCCUCCUGCACUUC